ACAUUUUUUUACCCUAAAAUUUUAUAGCUCGUUUGGUAAGAGAUUUUUAGCAACAUUAUUUAAGUUUUGUAGAAAUACUUUUGGGUAAAAAAAUAUGUAAAAAUACAUACACAGUUUUCUCGCUCUAUAAAUUAUAAACACAGUUAUCAAACAGGGCUUUACUAGCUUCACUCUCCAACCAAAACCCACCUGUCACCUGGACUUCCACUUCCUCCAAAACUCUUCGUUUGAAUUUGGAAAUAUCUCUCUGUGAUGGCGCGUCUUAGAAAUGGAAAGUGUUUUGGUGAGAAGGAGGAAGGAGUAGUUGAGCCUGUGAAGAAGAGGAAGCGUGGUAGAGCUAGAAAUGCGGUGGCUAAUCAGAACAAAGACGAGGAGGAAGAGCUUUUGGAAAAUCGUGACGACGACGUUUCGGACGAAGUCGGAGGGAAACGGAAGAAAGUAGAGGAGGUCGUGAACGUGAAACUGCGGCGUAAGGUUGUGGAGAAAGGAAAGAAAACUCAAAAUCAAAACCAAGAAAAAAAUGUUGAAAAGAUCAAUAAGCACGACCCAAAGUGGAUUGAAGAGGUGUCUUUGAUGUGUCAUCAAUGUCAGAGGAAUGAUAAAGGCAGGGUUGUUCGAUGCAAGAGGUGUAAGAAGAAACGUUAUUGUAUCCCUUGCUUGCAAAAGUGGUAUCCUAAUAUUGAGGAGGAUUACAUUGCGGAAGCUUGUCCAGUAUGCCGUGGAAAUUGCAAUUGCAAAGCAUGCUUGCGUUUGGAUGUACCUGUAAAAAAUUUGAAGAACUUAGACUUGGAUAUCAGUGAAGAUGAGGAGUUUGAGCACUAUAAGUAUAUGCUACAAGUACUUCUUCCAUUUUUGCAACGGAUUAGUGAAGAGCAAAUGGUUGAGAAGAAUUUAGAGGCUAAAAGACAGGGGCUAUUGCUUCCAGACCUAAAGAUUGAAAAAGCAGAUUGCCCUAUUGAUGAGUGUGUGUACUGUGAUAUCUGCAGAACUUCUAUUUUUGAUUUUCACCGAAGCUGUCGUAGAUGUUCAUUUGAUGUAUGUCUUACCUGUUGCAGGGAGAUUCGUGAUGGACAUCUGCAGGGAGGUGAGGAGGAAGUGGUUAUUGAGUAUAUUGACCGUGGAUUUGACUAUUUGCAUGGUGGAAAGGGGGAAAAAGUGAAAUUACCUACUGAGACUAGCUCAAUGGAUAAUAUAAAGUCGAAAUCUGAGUGGAAAGCCAAUGAAGAUUCUACCAUACCUUGCCCCCCUGAAGACAUGGGUGGUUGUGGUCUUGAUAUUCUUGAGUUGAAAUGUAUGUUCUCACACUCAUCAACAGAAAAGAAGAAGAAACUUAUGUUCUCAGAAACUCCGGUUUCAGAGUUGGUGAGAAAAGCAGAAGAAAUUGCCAAAACUUACAACUUAAUUGAUGUGGCUGCUUCUCAUUCACAAUUUUGUCCGUGUUUCAAUUCAGUUGGUGAAGUGGACUUAAGCAAUAAUAAGUUACGGAAAGCAGCUUCUCGAGAAGGUUCUGAUGACAACUAUUUGUAUUGCCUGGGGGGCCAAGAUAUACAACAUGAGGAUUUGAAGCAUUUCCAGUGGCAUUGGAGUAGAUCUGAGCCCGUGAUUGUGAGUGAUGUACUUGAAUCUGCAUCUGGUUUAAGCUGGGAGCCAUUUGUCAUGUGGCGUGCAGUCCGUCAAUUGAAACAUCUCAAACAUGAUAGAUUGUUGGAAGUUAAGGCCAUUGAUUGCUUGGAUUGUCGUGAGACUGAUGUCAAUAUCCAUGAGUUCUUUACUGGGUAUACAGAGGGUCGGUAUGACCGUUAUUUGUGGCCUGUGAUACUGAAACUAAAAGAUUGGCCUCCAUAUACAUUAUUUGAGGAACGCUUGCCACGUCAUGGUGCUGAGUUUAUCUGUUGCUUGCCAUUUAAGGAAUAUACACAUCCACACAAGGGUGUUCUAAACAUUGCUGUCCAGUUGCCUGAUAAAUCUCUCAAGCCAGAUAUGGGUCCCAAGACGUAUAUUGCAUAUGGAGCUGCUCAGGAGCUUGGCCGUGGGGACUCUGUCACCAAACUUCAUUGUGACAUGUCUGAUGCAGUAAAUAUUCUGACACAUACUGCUGAAGUGCCACUUAAAGAGGAGAACCUUGAGAGUAUAGAAAAAUUGAAAAAGAGGCACUUUGAGCAAGACCAAAGGGAAUUAUAUGGAGAUUUUCAAGCUGUGGAUGAAAAGGUUGAGACUAAUGUUUCUGUUGUUGAGUCUUGUAAAGCUACUGCUGAUGAUAAAAAUAUUAGUAGUGGAUCUGGGGAUCAAAACACUGGUAUAACUGUUGAACGGGCUGAUCAUGGUGAGUCAAGGUCGAAUGGGAAAGACUUUUCAAGUGGAUCAGAGCUGGAAAAGAAUGAAGGAGCAAAAGUGGACCAAGAAAACAGUGGUGGGAGUGAUACUACAAUUUCUGGAAAUAAGUUGGACAGGUUAGAAGCUUCUCAGGGUGGUGCCAUCUGGGACAUUUUCCGGAGACAAGAUGUUCCAAUGCUGCAGGAAUAUCUUAAUAAGCACUUCCGGGAAUUUAGGCACAUCCAUUGUUGUCCAUUGCAGCAGGUUGUUCACCCUAUACACGAUCAAACAUUUUAUCUGACUUUGGAGCACAAAAGAAAGCUCAAGGAGGAAUAUGGAAUUGAACCGUGGACAUUUGUCCAAAAUCUUGGAGAUGCUGUCUUCAUUCCUGCUGGCUGUCCUCAUCAAGUAAGAAAUUUAAAGUCAUGCAUAAAGGUUGCUCUCAAUUUCGUCUCACCUGAAAAUGUUGGUGAGUGCAUCCGUUUGACAGAGGAAAUCCGUACACUUCCCCAGAAUCAUAGGGCUAAGGAAGACAAGUUGGAGGUGAAGAAAAUGACUGUUUGUGCUAUGAGACACGUUGUAGAAUGUUUGGAGCGUAAACGAAGGCCUGAGACGACUUGAGUUUCUGUUUCUGAAGAUUCAAAGUAGGUUCAACUUUAUUGGUGUAGAUUUUUGGCUGGUGAAUCGAAAGUGUUUUGGUGGUUUGUAAAUACAGCUGGGUCAUCUAUAACGCUGUCUUUGGUAUAUAUUAUUUGCGUGCUUUUUGUA